CGUCUCACAAACUCAAAGCUCCGACACAGACACAAACAUGGCGAGUUUAGUUCGUCGCGCAGCCUCUCGGCUUGUCGGGAGCUGCAGCAAAAGUCGCCUCUCCACUAACCCAUCUCUGGAUCACUCAUUAGCCGCUCAUGGCCGUCUGCGAUAUCUCACGCCGUCUAUCUCCCGUAGUAAUCUCUUCUCCACAUCGGCUAGAAAGAAAGCUUCUUCAACCGAUCCGCUUCUCCGAGUGAUCGAAACCGAGAUCGGAUUCGCCGAGCAAGCCGAUGAUUACGAUCGAGUCGAAGAAACUCCAAGUGGUUUCCCUUUUAAGAUGGAAGACAAACCAGGAUCCAAGGUCGUGACAUUGACUAGAGAUUACCAAGGAGAGAGUGUUGUAGUUGAAGUACACAUGACUAAUCUUGUGACAGGUGAUAAAGGAGACGACGAAGAGAGCGAGGAAGAGAGUGAAGAAGAGGAAGAAGAAGAACAUGAGGAUAAGCCGGAGAAGCCUAAGCAAUCAAAUGUGCCUCUUUUGGUAACGCUUUCCAAGAAGACAGGACCGAGUUUGGAGUUCAGGUGUACUGCUUUUCCUGACAAGAUCGUGAUCAAGGACAUGUGGGUUACGUUUCCUGAUGAUCCUUCCAGGGAUGAACUUGCCUAUGAAGGCCCUUCCUUCCGGGUUUUGGAUGAAAAGUUAAGGAAGGCUUUCCAUAGGUACAUUGAGAUUAGGGGGAUAACGCCGGGCAUGAUCAACUUCUUGCACGAGUAUAUGAUCAACAAGGAUAGUAAAGAGCACUUACUGUGGUUGAAAACUCUCAAGAACUUUGUCAAGUCUUGAGGGGGGGAAAUAACACUUUUUUAAGGUCCCAGAUGCUCUGUCUUUCAAAACUUGUAGUCGAAACACUAUUCUGUUUUGUUUGGAUCUAUUUAUAUGAUUAAAAAGAGUAUUGUGAAGUCAAAA